AUGGAGUUUGCCAGCAGCAUUGCAGAUGACGUCUUGGGUAGGCUAGCUUCACAUGCUUCCCAACAGAUCUCCUUGGCAUGGGGUGCCCAACUUAAGCUCAGCAAGCUCAACAACACCUUAUCUGCCAUCAAACUAGUGCUCGAGGAUGCAGAGAAGAAGCAAGUGAGAAAUCCCCUAAUCACUCGUUGGUUAGGAAAUCUCAAAGAUGUUUGUCAUGACGUUGAUGAUGUCUUGGACGAACUAGACUUCCAAAAGUUGCGGUUGAAAGUGGAGGUCGACAACUGUGGGAAGAUCAAAGGAAAGGUACGCCAAUUUUUUUCCCGAUGGAAUCCAGUAGUGUUUAACUUCAAAAUGGGACAUAAAGUGAAAGAGAUUAGAGAAAGACUAGUUGAAAUUGAUAAUGAAAAGAGACAGUUUGCUCUCCUUCAGUUUGCUAAGAUAGCCGAAGAUCCUCGUGCGCCCCAUCAAGUGCACGUUGACAGGAGGAUGACUACCUCUAAAGUCGAGGCUUCAAAUGUUAUUGGAAGAGAUGAUGAUAAAAAACAGAUUAUCAAGCAUCUCUUGAAUGACACUGAUUUCUCCAGUGAGGAGAAUGUUUCUGUUGUUUCCAUAAUUGGGUUAGGAGGAUUAGGGAAAACAACACUUGCUAAAUUGGUGUACAAUGAUAGCAUGGUAGAAGAAAAUUUUGAGACAAAGAUGUGGAUAUGCGUCUCAGACAACUUUGAUAUUCAAACAUUAAUUCGAGGUAUUACUAAUGCUGCAAAUGGACCAAAAUAUGAGGAUGAAAGUUUGGAUCUUAUGGAAAGAAAAUUGCAAGAUACUCUUAGAGGUAAAAAAUUUUUAUUGGUGUUGGACGAUAUCUGGGAUACAGAGUCGAUUGGAGUAACAAUUGAAAAAUGGAUUGAUUUAAAAACUUUGUUAAAUGUGGGAGCUAAUGGAAGCAAAAUCAUUAUAACAACACGAAAUAAAUCAGUUGCUUUACUUGUGAGUCCCUUAUACAUGCAUUCUUUAGAAUGUCUUUCCCACAAAGAUUGCAUGUCCUUGUUCAUCCAAAGGGCAUUUAAAAGAGGAGAGGAGCAGCGCUAUCAACAUUUGAUAGAAAUUGGAGAGGAUAUUGUGAAAAAGUGUGGAGGAGUUCCUUUAGCAGUAGCUACUGUAGGGAGUAUGCUCUAUUUGAAUACAGAGAAACACCAUUGGCUGCAUGUCAGAGAUGAUGACAUGUGGAGUAUAGGGAAUGACAAUAUUUUACCUGCACUCAAAUUGAGCUAUGAUGCACUGCCACAACACUUGAAACAGUGUUUUGCAUUUUGUUCACUUUUCCCAAAGGAUUAUCAAUUCAACAGUGGCUUCUUGGUUCCACUAUGGAUAGCACAAGGAUACCUCAAAACAUGUAAGAAAAAUGAAGAUUUUGAACAUAUGGGUAUAGAGUAUAUAAGGCAGUUUUGCUCUAGAUCUUUGUUUCAAGUCGAGUUUGAUGUCAAAACAGCCAUAGUUUUUAAAAUACAUGAUCUAGUUCAUGAUUUAGCAAUUUCAGUGGCACAAGUAGAGUACUCCACCGUCAAUUUCCGUCCCUCUAGAGCUUUGAAAAUGUUUCGACAUGUGUCAAUAUCAAAAAAAGACCUGCUUGGAGAAGAGGCACAAGUUCUCUAUUUCAUGCUCAAGUCAAAGAAAUUGCGAACCAUUCUAGUUCUUGAAGAUGCCCAGAUGAACCAAUGUUUUGUGAAGACAUGCAUCUCGAGAUUCAAAUGUUUGCGGAUGCUAGAUCUCCGUUGGUCGGCUCUUGAGGAGUUACCAAGUUCCAUUGGUAGUCUGUUUCAUUUGAGAUUUCUCAACUUGUCUGAAAAUAGGAAGAUAAAAAGGCUUCCCAAUUCCAUCAGUAAGCUGCUGAAUUUGGAGACCUUGCACCUUCGCAAGUGCAACGCACUUGAGGAGAUACCCAAAGACAUAGGAAACCUGAUUAAUCUCCGAAGCUUGGUGAUAACUACACAACAGACGUAUUUGCCAAAAGGAAUUAGACGCCUCACCUUACUUCGAGAUUUAUAUUUUGUUGGAUGUGUCAAUCUUAAAUCUUUGGGCGAAGAGAUCCAAUUCCUCAACAACCUUCGUAAACUGCUGAUUUGUAGUUGUAAUAAUUUGGAAUCCUUGCCACCAAAUAUGAAACACAUGACUGCUUUAGAUACUUUGGCUGUAAUGGAUUGUGAGAAGCUUCAGGUGAUAAUGAGAUCUGGGGAAGGUCCUCGACGUCUUCGAUCAUUGGGUAUCGGGAAUUCAAGUUUGGAGGCUUUGCCCCCUUGGCUUGAAGAUUCUACAGACACUCUACAGAGUAUAUAUAUUUAUGGAUGUGAUAAUCUCACGGCACUUCCGGAGUUGAUAAAGUUCAGAUUCCUCGAGCAACUACACAUUGGCGAAUGCUCCAAAUUGUCGGCUUUGCCGCAAGGGUUGCAUUGCCUUACUGAGUUGAGAGGAUUGACGAUUUCAGGGUGUCCUGAAUUGAGCAAAAGCUGCAAAAGGCAAUUAAAAGGUGGGGAGUGGUCAAAAAUGGCACGUCAGGUGAAGAUUACACUCGACGCUGAUGAUGAAGAAGAUGAAGCCGACAGUCGCUUGGCCGACGGUAGGAUCGUGUACCUCACAACGCGAUCCAGGUAA